CUUGGCGCCAGGUCAGGGGGAGCUCGCAGCUAUGGCGGAGAGGCGGCGCCAGCAUCGACGUGAUCCCGGACAGCAUCGUCUCCUCCAUUCUCGUCGAGGCGCGGCGCAAUGCCCAGGCGGCAACCGUGUGCCGGCGGUGGCGCUACUCCACCACGCCGACUUCUUCGACGAUUUCGAAUGAGCAGGGCCUGUCAGGGUUUUCUUCCUGGGAGCGAGCGAGCGAGCAAUGGAGUCCGAUCGCCGCCAAGAAUUGACGGAGAGCGCCGUAAUCGCGGCUGUGUGGCGAGGUCCGCAGCGAUUUCGGAGGAGCUUGGAUUGGCGGCUCGCGCAGCUCAAGAGCAUCGUGGGUUUGAUCCAAAAGCACGAGGAGGACAUCGCCCUCGGAGUGCCUCACCAGUGAGAUCUUUCCCGUCAAGAGUGUGUGCCAGCUUGCCAUCGAAAACCUCGCUCUCUCUGCUCAUUUUCUUGGAAAUCUUCUUUUCCAGCUUCCAGCUCUGCUUCGACGCUCCCGGCGUCGGCCGCCAUGAAGCCCGAGCCUUUCGCUGUCGUGCUGAUAAUCUCCGCCUGGAAUUUACCAUUUCUCCUUUCCCUGGACCCGAUGGUUGGAGCCAUUGCCGCGGGCAAUGCCGUGGUGUUGAAGCCGUCGAGAUGGCACCAGCGACAUCGGCGUUGAUCACACGGCUGCUCCCUUUGUACUUGGAUAAAUCUGCGAUUCGCGUGGUCGAGGGAGGAAUUUCGGAAACCACUGCUCUUCUCCAUCAAAAGUGGGAUAAGAUUUUCUACACGGCAGUGUACGUUAUCGAUGAAACCUUCAGGUAAUAAACGAGGCGGCCAAAUUGUCAUGGCUGAGGCCGCAAAGAAUCUGACGCCAGUCACUCUGGAACUCGGUGCAGUUAUUGUGGAUUCCUCAAGGUAAUGUUCUCAAAGUUAAGGUUUUGCUUGUGGAUUUUGGCUGAUGUUGGAAAAUGGGGAAACAACAAUGGUCAAAGUGAGAUUAUGUGUUUGUUGACUCUUUUUGCAAUUUAUAUCUUGACUGCCA